UACCCGUAUUGUGGUCCGUAUUUAUAGUCCACUUAUGUUUAUUGCAUGAUAUAUAUGAGAAUAUGACGCAGUAAUUGUUAAGGAAUAAUACUAUUCGAAAUGGACUUACAAUAUUAAGGGGCGCACAACAGUACCCAUUAUGACACUGCGACUAAAUUCUGUUGGUCUUUUUGCCGUUAUAAAUGUAUUAUGUAGCUGUGAUAAUGCAGUAAUUAUGCCGAGAGUACAAAUUGCAUCUAUGCAUGUAGAAAGCAAGAUCCACGCGCGAAUGGCACGUGUUCUUGUAACAACUCAGAUGAAAAACUUUGCAAAUCAAAGCCUUGAAACACAGUUUACUUUCCAGUUACCGGACACGGCUUUUAUUUCCAAUUUCACCAUGUCUGUCGGAGACAAAAGUAUAACAGCCAUUGUAAAAGAAAAGAAAGAAGCAAACAAAAUAUAUGAACAAUCAAAACAACUGGGAGUUUCUGCUGCUAAAAUAGACCGCCAAGAUGAUACGCCAAACAGAGAAAUGAAAAUAUUCACCGUUUCUGUUAAUGUUGCCGCAGAGAGCAAAGCAGUCUUCAAACUUCAGUAUCACGAAUUGCUUAGCAGAAAAUUUGGAUAUUAUAAACAAAAAAUAAGUUUUCAACCGCGGCAAAUUGUGCCUGAUCUUGUGUUUCGUGCAAAAAUUUUUGAACAGGAAGGUAUCAAUAAGUUUCAUUACACGUUGCCAGGAUCAAACACGACCGAAACAAGCUCAAACGAGUUAACGGUAGUAAAAGCUUCCGAGAAUACCCGAGAACUUUAUUUCAAACCAACAGAUGACUAUCAAAAAACACAAAACAUCAGUAAAGGAAUUUCCGGUGAAGUUGUAUUAAUGUAUGACGUAGAACACAGCAAUGUUGGUGGUAUUAUUUUGCAAGAAAACGAAUACUUUGUUCACUAUUUAGCACCUUCUGGUUUCACUGUCCUUUAUAAAAACAUUAUAUUUGUAAUUGAUAUCAGUGGUUCAAUGCAAGGACUAAAAAUGGAACAAACCAGACUUGCAAUGCUUUCUAUUUUGGAUCAGCUACACCCAGGUGAUUAUUUUAACAUUUUAUUGUUCGAUAAUAACAUACAAGAAUGGUUUUCCGAACCGAUGUUAGCUACUUUGACUAAUGUAAAUUUAGCAAAAAUAUUUGUUCAUGACAAGGUUCAUGCAAGAGGUGGCACAGAUAUAAGCAGUGGUCUACUGAGAGGCGUAACUUUACUGGAUACUACACAGAGUUUAGGUGGAACUAAAGGCAAUAUCAUAGUGUUUCUUACAGAUGGUCGACCUACUGCCGGGAUCACCAAUACAAAAAGUAUUCGAUUAGGUGUUACCGCUGCAAACAAACACAAAUUUUCUAUAUUCUCAUUGGGUUUCGGUUUUGAUGUAGACAUGCAUUUCUUGAAGGCGCUUUCUUGGGAAAAUGGUGGAUUCGCCCGUAGGAUUUAUGAAGAAAGUGAUGCAUCAAGGCAGCUAGAAAGUUUCUACAAAGAACUCGAGAAUCCAACGUUGAUAGAUAUCAAAAUUGAUUAUCCAAACAACGCCGUUGAACUGUCGUCUUUGACUUCGACACGAUUUCCGCAAUAUUUUAAGGGUUCUGAGUUAAUUAUAGUUGGCAAAAUCAACGACCAUUUUCAAUCGCAAUUAGAUGCUCACGUCCAGGGACAAGGAUCAGUAACAAAUCUGGACACCAACAUAAACUCUACCGCUUUAAAAGUUGGAAACAUAAUGGAAUCUUCUUUUAUGGAAAAAUUGUGGGCGUACAUGAAGAUAAACGAUCUUCUGAAAGACACUGCGCUUACUGACGAUGACGACAUAAAGAUGAUAUUGAGAAACAAAACACUGGAGUUAUCGUUAAAAUAUAAUUUUGUAACACCUCUGACGUCCAUGAUUGUAAGCGAAACAUUACUGCCAAGAAAGAUUGCAUAUGACCAUGUUGAACUUAAAGUUGCUCCAUCUCGCGGUAGAAAGACAAAAUAUAGAUCUAAGUCUGGUAUACUUGUGCAAUCUCAGUCGUCAAAUAUCGUACAUCGGCCUUAUCCUGAUACUAAUGCACUUUCGUCUGAUCUUGACAAGCAUGGGAUUCGAAAAGACUCCAAUAGUGGAAGCAUAAAUCAAAUAAGAUUAGCUACAGUUUACUGUGUAUUUUUUCUUCUUCAAUUUUUGAGUUAUUAUAGUAGAUAAGAAGUUCAUUUUAAGCCAAAUUGAGUAAUUAAGUUUAACAAAAAAAAUGAUAAACCUUUCCCUGAAUAGUUUGUCGCCUUGUUUGUACAUCUGUCCAUUACCAAGGUUUUACGUCUGCCAAUUUAUACAUUUGAAUAUUGUUGGUGCUAAAAAAACUGAAAAUUAUAUGAUAAGACGUUCUGGUUAUAUUUUCUAGAAACUAUUUGUACAUUCUAAUAUGACGUUCUUCUUUCGCUUUCUUAAAGUAAGUUUACAUGAUUGUAUCUGUUUAUUUUUUACAAUGAAACAGUUGUUUUCUAUAUCUUUUUGGCUUUAUUAAAUCAAAACGACUGCCUUUCGAACGUGUAUUAUAGGUCCUCUUCGAAGUACAAAAGUUCUAAAUUUUCCUAUUAGAAUCGAAAUAAUUCUAUCUUGUCAUGCUCUCUGCUCAUUUUAACAUGAGUAGGCAUUAUAUUUAUCAACAUUAUAUGCCUACCCAUGUUAAAAUCAACAAAGAGCAUGAUAUGAUAGAAUUAUUGCUUAAUUUGUUCUAUAAAGUUCUUUAUUACAUGAUAUUCUACAAACAAAAUACACUCAAUCUCCAUUAAAAAAUAAACCUAUGUCACUGUUCUGUGAAAUUAACAUUAAAAUGAAAAUUCUUAAACUUUAGAUAACCAAAAAAUAAUAUUCGACCAAUCAUUUAUAUAUAAAAAAACGAAUGCAAAGAGAGAGAUGCACGCAAUAAACAUUAUAUGCUAGCCUUGUCAAUUAGACAGAUAGUUCUUUGUAUGCCAAAUCUUGCAUUUUCCACUGGAUGGUUAUCAAAGGAACAAGCAAUAAAUCAACCAAAUCUGGCUGUAUUUUUUUAAAUGUAUGUGCAUAUGCUUAAUAUUUUUCGUCUUAAAUCUAUAUGCGUAUUUGAAUUGUAUCUAGAUGUAACUGCUAAGAAUGGCAGUGUGUUGUGUUUAAAAAUUAUUUGCUCCAUGAUUUUUAUUUUUUUUAAUGAUUUUUUUUAUCAUAACAUUUUUAAUAAAAUUGUUUUUGCAUA